AUGUCGACCUUUGAUGGAAUCGUCCAAGAAUUUCCUUUCAUCACUAUCGAUUACUUCCGCAAAAAUCCAGAGCGGCCACCUCCUCUGGCCUGCUUCCUCAGCCAUGCCCAUAGCGACCACCUUCAAGGACUUGAGUCCUUCAGAGCCCCCUUCAUUUAUUGCUCGGUGGCUACCAGAGAGUUGCUUCUGCGGAUUGAGAAAUAUCCCCAUCGAAUGAAUUUCAAUAAUGGCGUCCUUGAAUCCAGAAGGCUGCAUUACAAGCAUUUGUCGAAACUUCUGAGACCCGUUCCUUUGAAUACACCAACAGAGAUCGAUCUGACCCCCAGGCUCUCUAUCAGAGUCACCCUUCUAGACGCAAACCACUGCACUGGCGCUGUGAUGUUUCUCAUUGAAGGCGAUGGAAAAUCUAUUCUGUACACCGGUGAUAUACGCGCGGAACCAUGGUGGAUCGAUGGUAUCGUUCGACACCCAGUUAUGAUCCCAUAUACUUUGGGAAACAAGCGGUUGGAUAAGGUAUAUCUAGAUACUACAUUUGCUCACACAGGUCACACAUUCCGUACCUUUCCAACAAAAGCCGAUGGCAUCGCCGAGCUUUUAGGCAAGCUAGAACCGUAUCCAGAAAACACCCUAUUCUACUUCCGUGCGUGGACGUUUGGUUAUGAAGAGGUUUGGGUGGCACUCGCGGCUGCCCUAAAAUCUAAGAUCCACGUAGAUCGAUAUCAAAUCGGCCUGUAUAAAUCUGUUUCAGCUUCCUGCAGAGAAGGCAGCGGGGCUACUGAAGCACCUUCUCUUUGUGGGUUCGAACUCGGUAAUAGGUUCAUACCUGGCUGUCUGAGCGAAGAUGAGCGGUCUCGUAUCCACAGCUGCGAACCAGGAGUUCAUUGCCCCGUCGCGUCUUCAAAGAACACUGUCUAUGUAACACCAAUUGUAAGCCGAACCGCGGACGGCUCCGAUGUUCCCGAGGUGGGAACUGGAGGUGGAUUAGGUAAUUUAUACCAGAUCCACGAACUGGAGCUUCCUGAUCAAUCCUCACUUGUCAAACUAGAAGAGCUCUGUAGCGAAAAGAUACAUGAUCCACAGGCUCUUUUCAAGGCAAGGGAAGCUCUCUUCAAAGCAUUCAAGUCCAAAAGCAAGACACUAUCGCUCGACAGCUAUGGAUUGAAAGACGCUCACGAAAUGCCACUAGAUGAGCUCGUGAGUAUGCUUAGCCGUGGUCGCUUGGGUGAAGAGUCUACAACCCCUGGGGAUUUGAAACCAUCGACUAAAAUCCUGGAGGGAACCGGGAAGCCUCUCCCAAGAAGUAUUAACUUUCCCUACUCUCGCCAUUCCUCUUACGCCGAGCUGUGUGAGCUGCUGCGUACUUUGAAACCUCGGGAUGUUUACCCCUGUACAGUGGAUCCUCUUGAUUGGGAUGAAGACAUUUCUAUGCAGAGCCUAUUUGGCCACCUCUGCUCCGACAGCGUGUUUACCCACGACCAAUACAUGCGUGAAAUAACCGCCACGAAAAAUGGCGAACCCCCUAGGAAAAGAAGAAGGCAUGACGCCACAUCUUCGACCCAAUCAACCCAGCAGUCAUCGGCUACAACUGACAAUAACGGUAUUUCGCAAGCCUCACAAUCUUCUCUUCGAGCAGUUGCAGAAUCAAGGGGUUCUCUAGCCGAGGUGACUUGUGGUCGUCCAUCCGCCUCGGAAACCUCUACAUCCAGACCUCCUGCCACCUCAUCACCUCCACCAUCACCUUUGUCUAAAGGGCCGCCGCAACCGACCCCACAAACGUUGGAAAUAAUUGAAAAUUCCACUAACACACCAAAUAACGACUCUCUUAAAAUCCCCUCCCUUAGUCCGGAAACCGCGAAGGUGAGGCGGAAUACCAUCCGUCAAGCAUGGCACCUCCUCCAUGAUGACGAGAAAUCCCAACACGAAGACUUUCUUCUCGGGCCCCUUCCAUCCUCAUGGCCAACAGACAGGGAAAUUUCUCACCAGGGCCUAUCUAUGCCAGAAACGCAACUGCCCGAGGUGGCCCUCGACAAAUCUUCCCAAGCGACGGCAGUCAACGAACCUAAUACUGAAAAUUCUCAGUCUACGACAACUUUCCAGCGGGGAGAGGCACGUUCUUUCCAUGAAGAAAACCUAAUCACAGAGGUGGACGUGGUCAUGAACACUGAUUAUUCCGAUACGAACACCGAACACCAAACAACCCCACAGCCCUCCAGCCAACACACGGUAUCCUCAUCCGCAUUCGCUUCGCAAAGCCAGAACCAACAAGCUCAAGAAGUCGAGCAUGAUUUCAUAAGCGACGAGUACUACAUUCGCGAGCAUGAACAUCCAGGUCCUGAAACAAGCGCGGGUUGUAGCUCAGCAGCCCAACCACGACCCUUUGUCCGACGGGAGUCGUCCAUUCGGAAUCGGAUGGUGGCAUAUGCCGCAGCAAGAGAAGAUAGUUAUGAUGCGUGGGCAGCAAUGUCUCUUACUUCAGCGGGCAAUAAUCACACAGAGGAGGAAGUUGAACUAUAA